GAAUCUCGCAACUACGUGUUCGCUUAUCGCAAUAUCGACCCAAAUAUCUCUCAGGCUGCCUUCGGUGAAACAGUGAGAAUAGCUGUGCGGUACUCGUCGCUCGGUGCCAUUUUCAAAACAGGCAAAUCAAAAUGCAAAGUACUUCAUGCUAGAUUGUUGUACGGAGAGCCGGUGGCAGAACCGAUUACGAAAUUGUCGUUAUGACGACGUGCUCACCAUAAGACGUGAACCCGAAGAGAACAACGAAGUUAGAUUUUUACAUUAACUAGUGAGCAAUGUGAUGUGAUCGAUAUUUCAUGUUGUCCGUUUUUACUUACAUGUUUACAGUUUCCGCUUGACGUCUGUAAAGAGGAGGCGUGGCUUAAAACACGCAUUCACUUUGUGAAGUGGUUGUAAAGAGAAAAAAGUAGCGUAAUAAAGGACGAUGAGCGUCUCUAAAGGAAUUUUUAAGAGUAUUCGAUGGAAACGUCAUUUAAUAUGGGUAUAACCAUUACUGUAUUUGGCUGAGUAAUGUUUUGGUGCUGUUAGCAGAAGACAUGGCGGGGAAACCAACACCAAUGUUGUUAGUGACGGCGAAUGUUGGAUCUAUUUUUGAAGAUCCAACAGUAAUGCUCAAAAUUUGGAUUGAAGAAUUUUUAUCAACAGUAAGUCGACUAGAUCCAAAAUUCAUUGCAUUACAUUGUCAGGAAGUUGGUGGAAAAAAUUAUGAACGUAGCAUGAAACAUGUUGAAUACUUCGUGAGGUUGCUUAUGUCAAGUGAAGAACUGCGCUUAUUUGAUCGUGUGAGAGUUUAUCUUGAUGAAGAUUACUCAUCUGCGGAACAUUUCACAGCUCUGGGGAACUUUUACUUCGUACAUGAAUCAUUAUCUGAUGUUCUGAUGUGGGAUUUUUCAGCUCUAACAUUUGUGACUGUCAAAGGAAAGGACAUUCAUUCUGGAAACAUCGAAGCAGUUAGCACAAAAGAAAAAUCAAAAUUUCCUCAAGAUUUUUUCCCAGAGUGCAAAUGGUCCCGUAAAGGAUUCUUGAGGACAAGAUGGAAUAUAAAUGGGACAGUAUUUGAUCUCAUAAAUAUACAUUUGUUUCAUGAUGCGUCAAAUUUUAUUGCAAUGGAAUCAUUCCCAUCCGUUUACUGCAAAAAUCGACGCCGUGCUUUGGAACAUACACUGGACAGGUUUCAUAAUGAUGACAAUGGAAAUGCACCAUUCUUUCUCUUUGGUGAUUUUAACUUCCGAAUUGACACUCAAGGUGUUGUGAAAAAACUAGCAGAGGGUUUGAGUCCAGUUCGUCUACAAAGCAAUAAGAAUGCUGAUCUCACUAAACUGCAGUACCGGGACGGUGCAAGUCAGGUAAUUUUGUCACUCGGCAAGAAAGAAUUUAGUCAUCAGGAGCAUCAGAAAGUUUUUGUUGAUGACAACGCCGAAUGGCUGAGAGAGUUUGAUAAAGAAUUAGAGCCUUUCAGUGGCCAGCUUUUUGAAUUUGUCAUAAAGUUCCCACCAAGUUAUCCAUUUGAAGAAAAUGAAAAAGGAGCAAAGCGCUAUAUGCAGACAAGGUGUCCAUCAUGGUGUGAUCGGGUAGUACUCAGCUACACAGCAAAGUCUCUAAUAUGUAAUCCCAAUACUGUAGAAUAUGGACUGAUGGGCAUAAACACCUGUAUGGGAGACCACAAGCCUGUCUUCCUGAAGUUGGAUCUAAUUGCAAAUGCAGGAUCAAGCCUUGUGUCCUGGGACAAUGAUGGUGGAAGUCUUUCAAAUCACAAACGGUCAGAUGAAGUCACAGAAAAUACCACAGUUACACGUUACAUCUAUAUCAAGCAUUCUGAUUUACCAGUUCGAAUAUUCAAGGAAACAUCAGUGUGAACAUAUCAACUAUUACAUUCCUUUUACAACAGACCCUUCUCCUGAUUUAUCACUUCCCAUGUUAGCAUACUUCUUUCUUUUAGAGCAACUAUGUUAGUUAAUACUUAAUUUGAAACAUACUAAAUAUUCUAGUCAAAUUAGGAUUGUAAGUCUGAAGUGUAAGUAAAGCUCCAGUCAGUCAUAUGCCAGCAACAAUAAUUAAAAAGUGAAAACAAAGAUCUACAUUAUGGAUCUGCCUUGCCUUGACAUAAUGCAAUCUUAGGUACAUGAAUGCCAUACGUGCAAACCAUAAAACUGAAAAGACAAGAUAGUACCUGAAUUCAUCUUUAAGUGUCAGUGUUUUUGGAAAGCACAUAUAGUAUUUGAUUUUCUGUGAUGUAAUUAAACUUAUGAUCAUACAAUGAAGUCUUACAUGACUGGCUGUCUCAACUAUUGGUAAAUCUUCUAGGUUAUAUGGCUCUGGCCCAUGAAAAUUUUCUUUUCUUAGUAUUUCCACCAGAGUUGAGCUGAACAUCUUCAGAGUUCCUACUCAUUCCACUGAGUUGGCAAGUCUUGCCAGAUGAGAAGCACUUCUGAAGAUGUUCAGUGCAAUUCUGGAUGAAGACGAAAUGUUAGGAAAAUUGCAAAUAAGCACUGUGUGAUUGAAAAUAUCUGCUUCAGUUGUAACUUUGUCUAAUUAUAAACAUGACUGAUUUUGGAAAAAUCAUAUUCACAUUUUCAGGUGUACAAAUUUAGUAGUCAGUUGCUAGGUGGUCACAUGCUACAACAGGCUGAACUGUGGGACAGGUGGAUGUGGUGGCGUGGUAACACUUCACAGCCACUACUAAAUUUGUGCAACUGAAGAUGUGAAUAUAAUUUUCUUGAAACCAGUCAUGUUUAAAUUGAAACAAAGUUGCAGCUGAAGUAUUUUCAAUCUCACCAUGCAGCCCUGUUGCAGGUUUUCCAUUAACAAAAUCCUACGCAAAUAAUCAGGUUGUGAAUAACAUCAGAAACAAAUGUUCAGUAUCCAUAGCGAACAUGUUAUGCCAAACCACAAACAUUACUGUAAAUGGGAGAUAUAAUUUUACAAUAGCACUUUCUUGUACAGUCCUGCACCACAGUGCUCUGCGAAGAGUGAAGUGCUGAAAAUAUUCAUUUCACUUCUAACACAAUGUAAGAUUCACUUUUUAAUGGAAAAAGUGGUAUAUAUGUUGACAGGAAACUGAAAACAUAUUCAACAAUGCGCCACUUUGUAUACAGUUCUUUUAACUAAGAAAUCUGCAAUGAACAUUCUAAACUUUAAACAGUCUUUGGUGCUUUUUCUUUUUUAGGUAUCAUAAAGGAUGCAAAAAAAAACAGCAUGAGAGCCUGCAUUGUAUGAUUUCAACAGCCUGUUUCUUCAUAAAUUCUCAAUAUUUCACUUUAUAUUAAUUUAAGAUGUUUUUCUGUAUCUUACAUUCCUGCAGAGAUUACAAGGAAUUCCAUUUUCUGAUUAUUCCCCCAUUUUUUCUGCAAAUCUUCCUUAGCGUAAACCACAGUUAGAGUAACACUUGAAUCUGCUAUUGGUGCCUCAUUUAUUUUAUUUGCAUUCUUUGGUUUAUUCAUAUCUGCUCAUUUACUUAGUUGAGAUGAUUGGUGUCCAGAUUUUUUUUCCAAAUUCUAAAUGUGUUGUGCUUUCUAUUCAUUCAUUAGCCUAUGAUAGUUUAUUUUAUCUCAUUAUUUUGUUUCCUUAUGCCUCAUUGAUGUCUCUCAGAUACAAUACACAUAUUCAUCUCUCAGUUCUUCCUUCAGCACUAAUACUUGUAUUUAUAAAACAUUAUUGUCAUAUAUGGCACUUCACAUAAAAUAUUUCUUCGAGAAACGUCUCUUAUAUUGCUGUGGACUCCUUUUGCUGUAAAAAAGGGUUAUUAUACACUGUUGUGUUUGUUUAUUUAUUUUAAUUUUGCUGCUCUCCUUUGUUAAACACACUGAAACAAUUUUGGACCUAUAUAGUUCUUACAAUCUGUAAAUAACAGUUAUAACAUCAAUAGCAGUUUGUUACAUCCUUAGUUCCUGCAACGAUUUAUUCAUGAAACAUCUGUUUACAUUACUCCCUGGGUUACGAUAAGCUUAAUAUAGUCAUAGUAGCAGACAGUGCUUUUUGUGGCAGUACUUAUUACUUAUACUUGUUCUUACUCUAUGUCCCCGUAGGAUGGAAAUUGUAUUAUUACUGUCUUUUUGCUGGCUUUAAAAUACUUUGAAGAUGUAAACAGGUGAGAUAUGUGAAUGAGAUAUUACGGAAAUGGUGUGUAACACUAAACAUAAUCAGACAUUCUAUUUAAUAAUAAAUCCAAGAACUAAAGCUUGUAAUAUUACCAUAGCAAAUUUAUUGUAAAAUAAGUACUGUUUGUUGUUUCUUUGCAAUGCAUUUACAAUGUACGAGGAUAAUUUUCUUCCUUGCACCCAGAAGUAAUAACUUAGUUCUGUUAUAAAUAAAGUGUUUAGCAUAUAUGCCACUAGUUAAAAUAUGUAAGAAAGCAGGAUUAAGAAAAAAUAUAAUUGUUGAAGAUGUGAACUGUAAUAUUUCAGGUUUCAGACUUUAAAGAGCAGGCUAGUCUCUAGUAUUGUAAGCAAGUAUUGUUAUAGGCUGUUAAUCAUUUCUAAUUUGUUAUGUGUAGAAUAAGUUUUUUUGUGCAACUUAAAGGAAAUGUAUCUAGUCAGACAAAUAGUCAAAAUGCUUUUCAGAAUAUUUACAUGUUUGUGUCAGGGACAAAAAUUGUUGUGCAAUUUUUGUUGUGGGAUUGUCCAUCUCAUUAGUGUCUAUAAUAGAGUAGAAUCUCCUGUUAUUAGUGUCUUUGGUUUAGCUAUAUGGCUUAUACACCAAGACAUAUUUUGUAUAUUCAUUCUCAAACUAUGUACAAAAUUUCUGUAAGAUGCCUGGGCAUUUAAUAUUGCUUAAGUUACAGAACAAUUAUACUUUGCUUUUGUUUCUGGAUUUUUUUAAACAUAACAGUUUAAUUUUCCAGUUCAAACAGGUGAUAAGACUUCUUGUAUUGAUUAUAAAAUUAUCUUUGUUCUACAACUUUUACCAGAGUUUUUAAUCACUGCUUGUAUGUGUUCAUGAUAGAGUCUUAGAAAUCAUUCAUUGGCAAAGCUAUCAGAUAAGAUCUUAAUUUUGAUGAGACAGUACAGAGAGAAACAAAUUCUCUGGCUGCAAUUAGUAGCUUUACACAGUAACUAAAUCCCAAAGGAAGAUUUGUUUAUAAUCAUCACUUCGGUUAAAUUAAGGUCUUUCAUGCCCAUUUUUCUUUUCAUGGUACAAAUUCAAUCACUGACUUAUUUGAUUGGUAUUUUAUAGGAUACAAUAGUAAACCCUAACGAAAUCACACACUAGGAGAUGGGGUUGGAGGAUACAGAAGCACUGCAGAGAAGUAGUAAAAUACCUCCUGAGGUAAAAACAACAUUCAACUCCAAACUCAUUAAUAGGGCACACACAUAAUAUGGGGGGUACAAAGGAUGUAAUGAUUCAUAUUUAUAACUUGCAUUUGUUAAAACGUUUCUACCUUUUUUUCCUGGCUGGAUUGAUGUGUGCUGGCCCUUUACAAAUUCCUAAUAGGUAACAUGUGAUUUUGUGCAUAAAACUUUUGUUAAAGGAGGAAUGUGAAUAUUUUGUUGCCUUAGAGCCUUUUCAACGGUUUUUGGUGACUAACUGAAGCAUUCAAGAAGCAUUUAUUUCCAAUCUUCAUCUUUAAUGUGCUGCCCUGGACUGUAACAUUUCAUAAUCCAUUUUGUCACUGAGAGCUAAAUAAUACAAAUAAUGCUACUGUGCAUUCAAUUUAUAUGCUACAAACCAAUGUUUUGCUGUCCACUGUUAUAUAGUAGACUCCUAUAGUGAAACUUUGUGUAUUAUACUGCAUUUGUAUGUGUAGUUAGUGAGCAAUCUCAGGGUACACAGUGAACCGGUGUGUACUUGCUUGUGGUUUCUGUAUGUGAAUGAGUUUCAUUGGAAAAUUAACAAUAAUACAGAAAAAUAUUCAUUCAGGAUGAAGACAAACAAGAAAACUUCUGUUUUUGUUAUUAGCAGUAAAUCAUUUCCAUAUGCAUUUAUGGCUAAGUCUGCAUGUUAUCUUAAAUUCUAGUAUUCAUGCUUCUUAAGAAAUCUUUCUUUCUUAUUAACUAACAUAUAUUCAUAUAUAUAAAACUGUACAAGAUAUUAGUGUUUUUUCUCUUAUGUACUUCAGGUCUGAAACCAUAAUUUAAAUUUCUUUAUUUCUAAUAUUGUCUUACAUGAUUUCUUGGUUACUAU